AUGCAGCCCCCUGCGGGACGCUUCGGCCAGCGGGUGGGGCGGCAGAGGGGGCCCCUUGGGGCCCUUUCGGAUGGCAGUGGCGACGAGCUAUCUGUUGCGGCCCCCCACGCAGCAGCAGCAGCAGCAGCAGCAGCAGCAGCAGCAGCAGCAGCAGCAGCAGCAGCAGCAGCAGGGACAGCAACUGCAGCGGCGGUGGCGGCGGGGGCCCUUCGUGUAGCACGUCCACGUUCUGGAGCGCGAAUUUAUCCGUAUCUUUCGCAGUCGAUAGGCCCCCCUUUGGGGGCUCCUGUGGUUGCGGGGGGCCCCCUAGGCCCUGGUGUCUCUGAGGGGCCCCCUGACUCCCAGUACUGCAGCCCUUUGUAUCAGUUGGCCUCUCGGCUGUCGCCAGAGGAGCUCAGGGAUUUGGUGUUGCUGCAGUGCAAGCUGCAGCAGCAGCCGUCUUCCCAGGGGGCCCCCUCCGCCAUUGCAGCUGCGGCAGCUGCUGCCGCAGCAGGGCGGGGCGCAGCAGCAGCAGCAGCAGCGGCAGCGGCAGCAGCAGCGGGCGAGUUGGACUCCCACGGACGGCGCGUGCUGCGUUUGGUGCCGUUCAAGGGGCGAACUCGGUGGAGCGGGGGGGAAGAGGGGGAAGGGACGUCACUAGCAGCCUCCGCAGGCCCCCCCCCCCGCAGCAGCAGAAAGCGAAAGCGCGCAGCAGCGAGGCUAGACCGGUUGCACCUGUUGCGGUGUCUGCAGUGUGGGCAGGUGGAGGCGCGUGGCAGCAAGUUUGGGGACUACAUCAGCUGCGGUGCAUGCGGAGCUUCCGAUUUCGCUGUGGGGGUCGAGUUGGGACCGGAUGCCAGUAGGGCUGCUGCUGCCGAGGCUUGCGAACAGCCUUCCUUCGCAGCUCGCCACGACGCAAGGGUGGGUGUGCAGCAGCAGUCAGUGCAGGGGAGGAGGCGCGUGGCCGCUUCCGAGAACAAGUGCAGCAGCAGUAUGAACAGCACGCCUGCAGCAGCGGAUACUGGCUUUACCGGCCUCUCCACCACCUCGCACAGAAGGGGCGGUGCCGCUGAUGGGAAUCGUAAACUGGGGUGGCUUGCAAGAGCAGCUGCAGCAGCAGCUGCUGGGGUAGCUGCUUUCCCUCAGUUCCCCUGGGCCUGUUGCAAUGUUAUGAGGCCCCCUGUUGGGCCCUGGGGUUCACGUUCAUGCUGUUGGCUUAGCAGAACGGCGUGGCAGGGGAGGAAAGGCAGACAAAAACAGCGGAUAGACGUGCAGAGCAAUAGAGAGCUGAUGGUUAAGGUCGAUGGAGACGUGAGUGUAUGCAAAGUCAGAGCCAUAGGAAGAGAAGGGCAGUCUGCGGAGGUAGAGCGACGGAGCGGUGCAUGCGAAUCAGAGCGCCUCAGAGGCGUGAAGGGGGGUCUAGCUAAGCGAGGUGGAGGGGUCAAUGCGAGAGGCCAAAAGACUGAGGCUCUUCGAAUAGGGUGGAGGCAAGCAGGCUAG